CGCGUUGCGUCAUUACGUCACUCUGUCGUCACCCUCGGGCUACGGCACGGUACGGCAGAACAAAAUGGAGGAGUAUGCUAGAGAGCCGUGUCCCUGGAGGAUUGUGGACGACUGUGGGGGUGCGUUCACCAUGGGGGCCAUUGGCGGUGGAAUAUUCCAAGCAGUAAAAGGCUUCAGGAACGCGCCUUCGGGAAUGAAUCACAGAAUGAGAGGUAGCAUGACUGCCAUCAAGACCAGAGCGCCACAGCUUGGAGGUAGCUUCGCAGUGUGGGGCGGCCUCUUCUCUAUGAUCGACUGCGGCCUGGUGAAGGUGCGCGGGAAGGAGGACCCCUGGAACUCCAUCACGAGUGGCGCCAUGACGGGAGCCAUUCUUGCUGCUAGAAACGGACCAGUGGCCAUGGUGGGCUCGGCAGCUAUGGGGGGCAUCCUGCUAGCCUUAAUAGAGGGCGCUGGGAUUAUGCUGUCAAGGUUUGCCUCGUCACAAUUUCCCACCGGUCCACAAUUUGCAGAGGAGCCAGCCCCCUCACCCAUGCCCACUGCCCCCUUUGGAGACUACCGACAAUAUCAGUGAAAGUGAAAGGACUGAUUGCCUCAAGCUUUUCUUAGUUUUUUUUUUUUUUUUUUUAUAAAUUCCUUGCUGGGGUCACAAAGUGGAAAUGGAGAUGACACACCUGCACACCCGUAACUAUAGAGACAAUUACAACCCCACCUCCACCACAUGGUGAACUGAGACUGCACAGUGACAUCUUCAUUUCCGUACAAAAUACACGUUUUGGCUUUUUCUUUCCUAGGUGCGGCGGAAACUAAAAUUGGAUGGAUGGCAUUUGAUUAAAAGGGAAAAACAUUUUUGCCAAUUGGUUCCUUGGCCAUCGAGCAUAAAAGUCAGCCCACGCUCUUACUGCUUGUCAUAAGACACUUUAUUUACAUUCGCAACUCUAUUGCUCAUUGCACUGAGCAGUCGGACUCGUUGCGAUCCAUUGUGUUGAUGAAUGGAAACGGGAGAAAAAUUGCUUGAUUUAAAAAAUAUGCCAUUAUGCUAGGCAUUGACCAAAAACCAUGAUUGGAAUGAAACAUAUAACAUCAAUAACUAAUUUGUAUAUGUAAUGUCGGACUGGUGAGCAGACAGGCCAUCCAGAACUGCGUCAUGAAAGUUCCAUUUCCACUUCUAUGGUUAUCAUCACUUAUAGCCUUUGUGAUGCUUAAGCAAAAAGUUCUUUUUGAAUUUUGAGAUCCAUUUUCCAGGGAAUGUUGGUCAAAAUCACAUUCAUUUUUGAAGGUUCCGCUGUAUUGUGAUUUUUUUGUUAUUUUGAAAUGAAUUCCUGUAGCCCAGCUAAUGCAGAUGAAGGCCAGGUGACCUGGUUGAGUGUGGGACGUGAAGAAAAAAAUAAGAACCGUGAUAAUUUAUAAUACCUUAGUGUUCUGUGUAUAUAUUUAAAGGCUCCCCUUGUAUUUGCCUUAAAUAGAACACAUGCUCGAACUAGCGGGGGCCUCUUGUUGCAUACAAUACGACUUCUCCAGUUGGCUUCACGACCAUGUAUUUAUUUUUACAAUGUAAAGAGUCAACUGGAUGUUUUAUGCAGAAGUUCUUUUUGCAUUCAAAAUUUAGGAGAUAGGAGGCAUAAUCACUACAACUCAAUGGUUCCACUCAUGCAAAGGGUUGUUACAUCCUGUAUUCAAUCUAUAUGAGUGAUUGUACCAAACGACAAUAAACUCAAAUGUGUUUUAA